AUGGCAACCCUUGCACCAGCUACCCCUCCCGAAGGGCCGCCCGCGUCGAUCCGUUCCGGUUCCGCGAAACAAUGGACUCCUGAACACUACAGUGCAUCUAUAUCGACCUAUGCGAAGCAACGAAGCACCUCGUUGUAUGUGGGUGUUCAUUUUACGAGACUCGCACACAUCCUUCGAAAGCCCUUCGAUGGCACUGCGAAACGUGCACCUACAUACAACUAUACACCAUCCUCGGAUUUUGCGACACUCUAUCAAUAUGUUUUCGAAAAACCGGUGGGCUAUCAUGCGCUUGCGACGCCCCUUGAACUAGUCCAACUUGCAGAGUCAGAAGCGAGCAAUGUCCUGUUCCUACGAGGUCAGCCUUGCCCACAAUGGCUGGUGCAUGCAGGCGCCUCCUUUCAUAUCGACCCUGAGUUCUUCUUCCGGCACUUAGACUUUCUCUCAAACUUGUCAAGUAAAAGGUAUUUUGCACAGCCCUCGCUUAUGUCGACUGCACGGCGGAUCAUACAACUCAAUUACAUGACCAUCGGCGAGUUUCCAGCCCACUCUGGCGAUAUGGGUCAAUCUGAACUAGAUCAUCUACGGGAUUCUGCAACUAGGGAUAUGUCAGAGUACUUCAAUGAGCUAGGUAAGAGAGUCAGUCGAAACGCGUGUGGAUCGGAAUCGAUCGUACGCGCGUACCACGUUCUUGACCAGUCCCACUUCGCAAUAGAGCAACAGGCAUCUAUUUGCUUAGGUCUGACAGAGAAAGGCUGGACUGCCGUUGUCUGGCUCGAUACAGGAAGGCCAUUGACACCCAAUCAGCCAGGGCCUUGGGCAGGUACACUGCGGAGCAACCAGCACUCAGGCCGAGAAACUUUUCUCCCUUGGAUACAGUCGCAACCUUUCGUAUCCUUACACCCGGCGAGCAUGUCCAUCGCGCACGAACGUCGUCCUGUGAAGGAGAUGGAACAAUCAGCAUCACUCAUACACCUUGACUACGGAAAGACGUUGGACAAGAAGGCUAUGGCCCAAGAUCCCUUCUAUGCACUACAUGAGGUUUUUCUGAGCUGCGCAUAUUCUGAGGUUCAGUUCUUGAACGUUAUCGAAUCCAAGAUCAAUGAAGAUAUGGCCCGAGAAUUUAUGCCGGAUCACAACAUUUCCCCAGCAAACAUGAUAUACUUCCAAGGUCUACUCGAUACGCAUGCAGAAUCUUUGCGGCGGACAAUUACGGCAAUUAACUCACGCGAUGAUUCUGGGUGGCCACGGCCAUCGGACCAAACGUUGAGGAAGAAGCACGCAGUGCUCGCCCAUACAUUACUUCAAGAUUAUGAAGCACUUCUGAGGCGGACAGAGACAUUGUCCAACCUUUGCAAAGGGCGACUGCAGAUCCUCCUGAGUCGGGCCGGUAUCGUGGAAUCGAACAAAGCCAUCGAGCAAGCCAAAGUUGUCACGAAGCUCACACGGUUAGCCUUCGUCUUUAUUCCUUUGAGUUUCGUGUCAUCAUUCUUCGGCAUGAACCUCAAGCCAUUUGUCGAAAGUCCACCUUACGGUCUCUGGCUCUUCUUUGCUGUUUCAGCACCUGUGGUGGCGCUUUUACUCAUGUCAAUGACAUUGAGCCUAGAACAGAUAAUGCAACCUUUCGGAAAGUGUGGACGGGUUCGGAAGCCGAGUAAGAUUGUUGAAAAGGAAGACAUGGCUUGA